AUGUGCACAAUCCCUGAAUCCCUAAAUCUUUCCUUAAAAACAGAUGACUCCACUUAUCCUCAUGAAACUGACUACCGAGACCACUCAGAAAAGCUCCCAACUAUCCUCUUUGACUCCUUCAACAUCUCCAACGUCUCUUCUCUCCACAAUCUCUCCCCUAUAAACCCUUCCGCCUUCGAAGAAUCUUCUUUCUACACUACCCGGUCUGAUUGUAAAUGCAAUGAAUGUAAUUUAUUUUAA